CUCACCACAAACACAACUAUUCUUAGAUAUUUUGUUGGUGUUGUACAGACAGCCAUCUGUUUUUCCAUCAAGACGACAAUAUGUGGAAGGUCAAACCUCCAGUUACAUUUCCUAAGGAGGUGAAAUACCGGCCAAUUUUAGAGAAUUUGAUUCCCCCUGACCCCAUGGCCCAAUUUCACCUGAAGAGAGGUUUCCCUCAAGAGGAGUUUCCUGACUUGUGCAGGAACUUUACCUGGAUGGGUCGAAUCCUCACACUGGAUCUGUACCGCCGACAGUUUAGCCGCUGCACCCAGAGUGGAGUAAUCUUUGAUGAUGUCAUUCGUCCCGGCCUGGAGGAACCAGGAGAUUAUUUAGGUCCUGUAUCUGUCGGGUGUGUUGCCGGUGAUGCCGAGUCCUACAUCCUGUUCUGUGAUUUCUUUGACCGAGUUAUUGAAGCAUAUCAUGAACAGAAGAUCACCAGCCAGACACCAGAGAGUGAUUUGAACUAUGACAACUUGAAGGGUGGUGAUGACUUGGACAGAUCGUACGCUGUACGCUGUGAGGUCAGUGUUGUUCGAGGUAUUGAAGAUUUCUGCUUCCCAACACACUGCAGCCGAGGAGAGCGCAGACAGCUUCUCACACUGGCUAGGCAAGCUUUGGAGCAACUGGAACAGAAGCUGGCAGGUCGACUUCUCUUACUAACGGACUUAAGCCAAGAGCAACAGAGUGAGCUGAAUCUUAAAGCUCCAACUUCCUUCCAGCUCCGCAUAGGUGUGGCCCGGGACUGGCCUGAUGCCAGGGCAGUUUGGGUGAGUGAAGACAGGAGCCUGUUGGUCUGGGUCAACAUAGAUGAGCACCUCAGGCUGGUAUCAACGCGAGAAGAUGCCAAUGUGGCUCAAGCUUUUCAAUGCAUCUGCAUCAACUUGCAAAAGCUGGAGAAGUACUACAGAGGUCUCAGACAUCCGUUUAUCUGGAAGCAGCAGUUGGGAUGGGUGACGAGCUCCCCGGCUAAUGUGGGUACAGGUCUGAGGAUCAGCGUCCUCAUCAAACUGCAACACCUUCCCAAACAUAAACACCUUAAGGAUGUCCUGAAAAGACUGAGGAUCAACAUGGACAAAACAGAUUCCCCGGAACUAUAUAACAUAGGCAACAUGGCAACCUUUGGCUUUACCGAGGUGGCACUGACCCAGCUGGUGGUGGACGGGGUUAAGCUACUUAUCAUCAUGGAGAAAAGGCUGGAAGGCAGCCUAAGUAUAGAUGAGCUUGUUCCUGCACAGAAGUAGAAACAUUAGGAAGACAAGUGGCUGAAGGAAAACUAGCAAAAAGAAAUGAUUGUUAAGAAGACUAUGGAAAAACGUACCUUGCUUACUUUGAUCAAGAUAAAGAUUAAGUUGAUAAAAGUUGUACUUUACAAUAGGACUUCACGAUGGAUUAAAAAAACAGAUGACAUGAAUGAUGUCAGUAUUAACUAAUGGAUCGCACAACCCUGCAAUUACAAAGAGUAAUGUAUUUCUUUUACAGAGAAUACCUGUCUGAUGGAAAACAUGAACUAUUAUUUAAGUAUCUAUUAAAGAAACAAAUCGUUCAUAAGGCACUCACUGAAAUAAUUUUAAUCCUUAUUGACUGUUAUUGGU